AUGCUGAGGGGAUCAUCUAUGCCUUUAUUAUGGUUUCCACGCCGCUUUCAAUUUGCGACUCUGCUGGCAAUCCAGGUCGUGUUCAUGCUGAUUCACUGUCUGCCUGAGUUGAAUAGCAUGCUGCACGCGGAUCGUGAUUACCCGGCAGACCGUCCGCGAUACUGGCAUCACUCCUCGUUCCGCGCAAACCCAGACUCCGACUACGAACUCUCGCUGACCAACGCUUUUCGUGACCUCGAGACCCAAGAACUGGCCCGGGACCCCGCGGGUGGGGCCCCAAACACGAUCUGGCAAAUUCUCCUGGCUCACCCAGAGCAUCGAGGGGACGAUUCGUUCAAAUUGGAGGAGCGGAAUGAGGAGUGGGCAUACAAGCUAGUCUCCCACGAAUGGGCUGAAGAGUUCAUCACCAAAACCCUUGCGUCCAUACCCGGGUUAGCCAGAUUAUACCACUCCUAUCCUCAUUACGUCCAACGCGGCGAUCUCUUGCGAUACCUAAUCCUCUGGUAUUACGGCGGCUACUACUCCGACAUCGAUGUCUUCCCCAAACAUCCCAUUAAAGAAUGCCCGUCGCUGCGGGACUCGAUUUUCGACAUUGACAACCCCGAUGUCUCCCUUGUGGUUGGUGUCGAAAUAGACGAGCCAUUUGCUUCGGAACAAGAAAUGAAGUAUUGGCGCUGGGCCCGGCGAUAUGGUUUCCUCCAAUAUACCAUGUACGCGCCUCGGCGAUUUAGCCCGCUGUUGCGAGAAGUGGUGAUCCGGGUACUGUCACAUACGAAGCAACACAUCGACGACAGCUGGUUUGGAGGGCGGUAUAACGAAAUGACCACUCUGGAGGUCACGGGGCCGGGCGUCUUCACCGAUGCCAUUCUCGAUGUGAUGUCCCGGACUUUGCCAGCCAAGCAUCCGUUGGUCACCGAAUCGGUCCAGGCAGAUGCAGGGCUCGGAGAUCUGGUACUCCCCAGGUCACGGACCAAGUUGGAGCGCGUAACGUGGGCGCCCUUCCACGGAAUUCAACAGCCGCUAUGCGUCGGUGCUUCGGCGGCCCGGCCGGGGGCGGAGUUUGGUGGUUUGUGUGUGCUACCGAUUAAUUCCUGGGGCAAUGGCCAGCGGCAUAGUGGAGCCGAGGGCUUUGAGAGUACACAGGCGUGUAUCAAUCAUCGAUUCGGCGGGACUUGGAAGCCCUGGAAAAUGAGCUGGAAGGAGUAUCUGUUCGGAUAA